AUGGCACCUCUGGGGCCCCCCAAGGCUUCCUCGUUCCUGCCGGAUGACGGCCGCCAUAAAUCCCAUUGUAUGCAUACGGAGUUCAAGCCUUUCUUUACCAUUUCAAAAAUCUCCAGGAGGGCCCAGCUGGGAGCUGCCGUGGCAAAGGCAGCAGAGGGAACAGCUUUGGGUGGGGCUGAUCCCAUUCAGCAUCACUCSGGCUGUGAUAACCCCUGUCCCUUGUGUUUUCAGAGACUGCGAAGUGGAGUUGUCAGAGAUCUUGAGCGUCAGAAUCAGAAAAAGGAGAACAUUCGCCUGUUAGAGGAGCAGAUUGCUCUGACAAAGCAGCUGAUGGAAGAACGAGACAAGGCGCUAAUGGAAAAACGUUCCCAGCAGUCCUAG